AGAGCUCUCUCGUUUUCUUUGCAUUUCUCUUCUGUAUUGUCCGGCUAAUGUACUUCGGAAAUUCCCGUAUAUGUUACUAAGUAAUGUCCACCAAAGCAAUUAAAUCAUCUUUAAAGGCUGCUAAAUCAGCAAUUCAACAAAAGGAAUUCGAUGAAGCUUUACUACAUUGUAAGGCUGUAUUAAGAGAAGAUUCUGGUAACUACAAUGGUCUUGUUUUUGCUGGUUUGGUUUACGCUGAACUCGGGCAAUUUGAAAAUUCUUCAACUGCCUACCAAGAUGCAGUUAAGUCAUCACCAAACCAGUCGUUAGCAUACCAAGGCCUUAUAAACCUGUAUACUAAGCAUAAGAAAGUUAAACUAUCUGCUGGGGAAAAUGAUCAACUGGUUUCUGCCUAUGGGGGAAUUAUUAAGUUAACUGAAAGUUCAGCAAAUGAAGCCAAAACUUUAGAACUAUAUGUUGGGUUGGCAAAUACAUUGUGUUCGCUGGGCCGUGCAGAAGACUCUUUCAAGACACUGCAAAAAGUUUGCAACAAACUAAAUACUGACAAAUUUGAUGUCAAAUUUGAGGCAGUUUAUGGAGCAGUUGUAUCAACUGUUAGUAUUGCUCAAGAUGUUAAUAUUGCUGGAUUCGCUGACCUGAUUAUCAAUUGCACAAUUUACUACUGCAAAUUACCAGCAAAAACUGAUGAAGAACUCGACUCUUCCCUCUUAGCUAUGAUGAAGUGUUGUCAGAAAGAUUCAACAACUUAUGAUAAGUGUUUGAAGCUGCUGGCUCAGUGUUUAUUAUCUGGGGAUAUCACUCUGACAAGUUUUUUGAAAGAUUUGCUAAUUCAAAUUAAACUACAAACAGAAAUUAUUAACACAAAAGAUGACACUAAAUCAUAUUCAAGCAUUGUAUCUGAACACCUAAGCCCAUACAAAGAAGUGGCUGACGGCUAUGACUUGUACAAUGAUAUGAAAUAUGAGGAAAGCAAGGGUAAACUUGAAUCAGCAUUGCAGUCAGCAGAUGAUUUUAUACCAGGAUGGAAGUUGUUGUGUAGAGUUCACCUUGUAAUGCACCAAUACAAUGCAGCUGAAAAUAUUGCUAAAUCUGCCAUACAAAAGUGUAAGCAUGUACAAAGUAACCAUGCUUCUACAUGGGUUGUCCAAGUUCCUAUGUUAAGUGAGAUCAAACUAGAACUAACUCUUCUGCUUGCAACUUCCAUGUCUUAUUCUCGAGACCAAACAGUUGUGAAACAAGCUGUUGGAACAUUUGAAAAGUUAUUGAAAGUCCACCCCACAUUAGAAGUUUACCACGGGCUGAACAGGGCAGCUAUACAAUGUAAGGAUUGGAAACUUGCUAGAUCAACCUUAAAAGAGUUGGAGAAAAAGUUUGGUGCAAGUGAUGAAAGUAAAACAUGGAUUGCAUAUCUUACUUAUCAGGAUGGUGAUUUGCAAACCUCCUUGUUGAUGUUGAAGAAGAUAACAGAAGAUCAUCCUUCUUGCAUCAGCGCACAUCUUAUAUAUGGAAAGUUGAUGUGGGAGAUUGAGGAAUAUAAAGUUGAUAAAACUAAAUGUUUUACAACUUUUCUGAAGGCAGCCAAGCUUGAUCCAUAUGAAAGUGAAGCAUUUUAUUACAUUGGACUUUUCUACCAAGAUGUGAUAAAAGAUUCAACUCGUGCCAUGAAAUGCUUCAACAAAUCUAUAGCUCUGGAUACAUUUAAUGAGAAGGCAGGUCUGGCACUUGCAGACCUUUAUAUCAAGGAAGAGAACAUGGCAGCUGCAGUUGAAGUUUACAAUUCACUUUCAUCAUCAUCAACACCUGGUACUUGCAAGUUAACUUGGCUUAGAUUGGGGUUGUGUAAACUUAAAUUAAAAGAAACAGAAUCUGCUAUCAAAAGUUUUCAAGCUGCACUGAGAGCAGAUGCAAAUGACCAUAUUUGCUGGGAGUGCCUUGGUGAAGCAUACAUGCAGAGAGGCAGCCAUGGUGCUGCGUUGAAAUCUUUCCAAAAAGCUUCAGAACUUCAACCUGGAUCAGUGUUCAGUGUACAUCAGAUGGCAGCUAUUAAACAGUUGCUUGGUCAAUUCACUGAAGCCAUUGAAGUCUAUCAUCAAGUUUUGGAAAUGAAACCUGAUUAUGUUCCAGCCCUGAAGGGUUUGGGUGAGAGCCAUCUAUCCAUUGCUCACUCCAUGUUAAGUGAAGGACGUGAUUUAACUUGCGUGGAUCACGUUAAUGAAGCUUUGAAGUUUUUUGCUAAAGCUUUAUGCUUGAGACCUGACAUAGCUUGCUUGUGGAGUUCAGUUGGUGAUUGUUUGACUUGCAUUCAUCCAUUACAUAACACUAGCUUUACUUUGUCCAUUCCUACAACGUUGUUGGGUAAACAAUUGAAAGAUUGUGAUGAAACAAAGAUAAUGGGAAAGUUGGAGGUAUUACAACUUGGUGAAAAGUUUUAUCUUCAUGGAAUCCGCUUAUCCAAGUCUACUGCUACCAUGUUGUAUAACUUGGGAAUGAACUAUUUCCACCAAGCUAAGAGUUGUGGAGAUGACAAUAAAGCCAAACUUCUUGCUUCCAAAUCUGUUGAAGUUCUAAAAAUCUCAAUAUCUCAUGGAUCUAAAAACCCCAUCUCAUGGAAUGCAUUGGGUGUGGUGUGUGCUUCUACCUAUGUACAGAACCUCCAACUUGCCCAGCAUUGCUUCAUUACUUCCAUCAAUCUUGAAUCAAACAACUGCCGGGCUUGGAGUAACUUAGGUAUGUUGUACUUGCAACAUAACCAUGUGGAGAUGGCACACAAAGCUUUCAAGGUUGCGCAAAGUUUGGAUCCUUCAUUUUGUAACUCAUGGAUAGGACAGGCAGCAAUAGCUGGUAUGAUUGGCAGCAAUGAGGCAAUGGACUUGUUCCGACACAGUACAGAACUUGGUCUGCAUAUGCAGGCUGCAUGUGGUUACAGUUCAAGAGUUUGCAACCUUCUAUAUGAAUGCAAAGACAGAUCUGAUAAAAAUUAUGUUGAAAACAUUCAUAAAUUGAAUGGGAUAUCUGCUGCUGUUGUUCAACUGUCAAAAUACUGCCAAAGAAAUCCAGCAUGCCCACACUCAAUCACAAUGUUGGCAUACCUGCUUGAAGAGUCAGGGUUAUUCCCCUUAUCCGAGAAAUAUUACUACCAAGCGUUAACAUUGUUGCAAUCUGAGUUGACAGAUGUUAAAACAGAUGACAAGAAGGUGGAUAGAGCUAAAUCUAAUUAUGCGAGGAUAUUAUAUACGAAUGGUAAAUACAGUGAAGCAAUAUCAGCAUACAAGAGUAUUUCACAACCAUUACAUCAUGAUCUAUGUAUGUUAGCAUUGUCUCUAUAUAUGGCAGGAAAACUAAAUGAUUCUAACAAUAUAUUGGACCAGGCCAACCAAAUGGUAGAAGACACAAAACAGAAAGAUCUUAUAAAGUUGGCUAAAGCGAUUAUUUUUAGCGAGUUGAAAAAAAAUAAAGAAUCAAAGAAAGCAUUGAAAGAACUUGGAAAUUGUCCGGAAGCAUUAGAGGUUUUAUGCUGUUUAGAAAUCUCUGAGAAGAAACAUGCAGAUGCUACUUCUGUAUUAAAUGAACUUUAUGCAUUAUUAUCACAUGAUCCGGUUGCCAUGGAAACUUACAAACACUUCCUGUUGUCAAUCAGUGUGAAAAUAAAACCUUACCCAAAACAUGCUGUAACUACUUUACAACGCUUUAUACAUAGGUUUCCAAACCAGUGGCAACUAUGGGAGCUUUUGUCUCGUUUAGUGCUUACAGAACCUACAUACAUGCAUUCAAACAUAGCUUAUAUAGCUGCAAACCGUGCAUGUAAUUUAUAUACAAGUGAUGAUGGAAGCCAAGCAAGGAAUCACCAUAGACAUGAUAAAAGUUUGAGACAAUUGGUCGAUGAUGAUUUUAAAGUUAAGAAAUCAUUGGCAUAUUCAGUGUUAGCAUGUGGGAAGCAUGACCCAAGUCAAGGAUCUCAUCUUAAAGUAGAUGCUCUCAAGGCCGCACAAAGACUUGUGCACAGUCAUCCAAAUACUGUUGAGUCAUGGUCAAUACUUGGUUCAGUGUGCCAUGCCAGGACUAUUUAUUCAAAGGUAAAAUCUGGAGUGGGUUUGUUAAAUGAUGAAUGCAAAAGAAUUUCAAACUUUGUGUCCAAUCAGAGUUCAAAUAAGCUUCAUGAAUGGGCGAUCAAGCAGAACAUGUUGUCAAGUAUCAUUGACCAUGAUCAUGAUGCUGUGACCGACCUUGCUUCAAAGAUUACUUUAAACUUCGAAGAGUCUGAUGUGUUUGUUACGCUUAGCGAGUGCGAUGUCGCACACCACCGCUUACAAGCCAUCCAAGGUCAUGUGAUUGAUGAACUGGAUAAUGUUGCUGUGUCACAAUCAUCGUCUUUAGUCAGCAAAAAGUUAAUCGCCGGCGCCUAUCAAAAGUUGGGAAUGUAUGAGAAAGCAUACAAUGUGUUUUGCAACAUGUUGAAGUUAAAAUUGAACAAACUUGAACGUUUCAACUUGUUGAUACGUGUUGCUCACAUCGGGUUGGUUGCCGCAGCAAUUGAUAGUGAUGUCACAAAGUGGGUUAACAUCGCAAGUGAUGCAGUGAAUGAAGCUGUUGGGUUGAAUCGGGAUUCCCCUGUUGCGCAACUGUUGGAGGGCCUGUGCCAUAGAAUGAGUAAAAAUAAAAAGAAAAUGAAGUCUGCAUUUGAUCGAUUGAUUUCUAGUGAAUCUUGUCACCCAAUGUGUGAAUCGCAAGUCAUAGCUGAAUCAUGUCUUGCUUUGAAUUGAUGGUGAUUUAGAAAAAAAGAUACAGAAAGUUCCUCAUUUGUUUUAAUGAUUCCGCCUAAAUUCAAAAUGGAAACGCUAAAAGAAUUAUCUGGACAACCAAAUAUUGCCACAAACUGUGUAUUUAUUUUCCUUCAUUUAAAUUGGCUAAGACUUGAUUUUGUAUUUGCGCAAAGUAGUUCUGUUGUUAUUUAAUAGAUAAUCAAA